GAAGAGGCUUCUUUCUCUUCACGUGUCCAGCCCGUCUUCAUUCGUAGGUCCAAGAUUUUAGAAACAAAACGAAAAGGUGUGGGGAGAAAAUAAUGGAUGCGCUUAAAAAUUUUAAAGACUUUCUCCUAGUAUUCAACACAAUGUCAGAGACCUGUUUUACCAGAUGCGUUAACACAUUUCAGACAAGAGAAUUGACGGAGGAUGAGGAUCGUUGUGUUGAACUAUGUUCAAAUAAAAACAUUCGGGUUAAUCAUAAAGUCAUGUCUGUGUACAUGGAAGUUCAGCCUCUCAUUAUGCAAAAGCGAAUGGAAGAGAUGGAAAAACUAAAUCCUCCAACUUCUGAAAGUGUUCCAGAAUCGGUAGACACUAGCAAUCAUACACAACCUGAUAACAUUAGUAGAACCGAUUCAAACGAUGUAACCCAAGACACCUCAUCACAGCCUCAACUUUAA